UGAGACUGGACUAAAGGUCAGAGACUAGAGACCAGGGACCAGACCAGAGGCUGGACCUGUGACCAGACCAAAGACCAGCGCACAGUCCAGAGCAAGUCCGAGAUUUACACCUGGACUAGUCCAUCGCAGUUUCAGAUCCAAAAUGUCCUGCGGGAGAGUUCUACAGCUGAUCUCAGUGGUGAUGGUGGUGUCCGCGGCCGUCAGUGCUCCCUCUAGUGGGACCCAGGCGGUGUCGUGUCAGACCCGGGCCGCAGACCUGUCCCUGGACCAGGACCAGGAUCGGACUGUCCUCUGUCCCCCAGACUGUCCUCAGAGAGUCUCUGUGUUUGGGACUAAAGUGUACGCCUCAGUGUCCUCUGUGUGUGGAGCAGCUAUACACAGUGGGGUGGUGGGCCUGUCUGGGGGUCCCGUGGUUGUGAAGAAGUUGCCUGGGCGUCAGAACUACCUGAAAUCUUAUUCUAACGGAGUCCAGUCCCAGCACCUGCCGCGCUGGACCUCCUCCUUCAGCCUGGCACGGGCGGAGCAGGAGCCUCUGGAGCUCAGCAGUCAGAGCAGCACCACGGCUCUCGCAGCAGAGGAACCAGUGAAAAAGUCUCCGAAGAAAGCAGCAGUGAAAAAAGCACUCACCGAAGGAAAUAAAGACUGUCAGCUGGACGUGGUGGUGGUUCUCGAUGGCUCAGAGAACAUUGGGCGUCGCAGGUUUAAUCUGCAGAAGAACUUUGUGGUUCGUUUGGCAUCAUUCCUCAAAGUGGGACCGAGUGGACCUCAUUUGGCUAUGGUCCAAGCCAGUGGAGCUCCAAAGACUGAGUUCCUCCUAAACAACUUCACUCAGCCCAAAGACCUGCUCUACGCCAUCAAAGAAGUGUCCUACAACGGAGGAGACACUAACACAGGUAGGGCGAUCCUCCACGCUGUAGAGUCCCUGUUCUCCCCGGAGCGCGGGGGGAGGAGGGGGCACCCACGCGCGGUCUUGGUGCUGGUUGAUGGGUGGCCCUCAGAUGAUCUGGACCAGGCUUCGGUUCUGGCCCGAGAGUCCGGGAUCAAUGUGUUCCUGGUCUCUGUGGCCAAACCCUCUGCCGAUGAACUGCCCAUGGUCCCAGACAAGGACUUCACACGGAAGGCGGUGUGCAAAGACAACGGUCACUUCUCGUUCUCCAUCCCGAACUGGUUCAGCGCCAACAAACACGUCAAAACUCUGACCCAGCGACUCUGCUCAUUGGACAAUCUAAUCUGCAGUAAAACGUGUUAUAAUUUCAUAAACCUGGGCUUCCUGAUCGACGGCUCGUCCAGUGUGGGAGACUCAAACUUCCGGAUUGUUCUGGACUUUUUGGCUGAACUCACUCAGCACUUCGACAUCUUUGAUGCGGGAUCUCGAGUUGGUGCUGUACAGUUCACUUACGACCAGCGUCUGGAGUUCGGGCUGCACGAUCACAUGGAUAAAGAGCAGGUUCUGACCGCACUCAAAGACAUCUACUACAUGAGCGGAGGGACAGCCACAGGGGCAGCGAUAGAGUUCGCCAUGCAUCACCUGUUCAGAAGGAGCACUCGGGGGCGGGACUUCCUGGUGGUGAUCACUGAUGGACAGUCGUAUGAUGAUGUCAGAGCUCCGGCGCUUGUUGCUCAGAGACAAGGUGUGACGAUGUUGGCGGUGGGCGUGGCCUGGGCCCCUAUGGAGGACCUGAGGGACAUGGCGUCGGAGCCCAAAGAUGCACACACGUUUUUCAGUCGUGAGUUCACCGGUUUGUACGAGUUUAUCCCGAAGAUCAUCAAAGCCAUCUGCCGACAGUUCAACGAACACAACUGAUGAGCAGCAACAUUUUUAUUUACAACCAGAAUCUUAAAGAGGCGAUGUUAUGCAAAAA